AUGUGUUCGGGAGGUUUUGCCAAAUGUCUGGGCAUCACCCUGAUGCCUCUGUCAAUCGUAUGCGUGCUGUGCAACAUCCUGCUCUUCUUCCCAGGUGGAAACAUUGUGGACAGCGAAUACGUUACAAAGCAGGUUUGGUUCUUUGGAGGCAUUCUGGGAUCAGGAGUGCUGAUGAUCUUUCCAGCUCUGGUCUUCCUGGGCUUGAAGAACAAUGAUUGCUGCGGCUGCUGUGGAAAUGAAAGCUGCGGGCGAAGAUUUGCAAUGUUGAGCUCUAUACUGUUUGCAGCUGUUGGCGUUUUGGGUGCAGGUUACUCAGUCGUUGUGUCUGGUGUGGCCAUCAGUCAAGGACCUCUCUGUCUCUUUAACGACACUAGCACCAACGAAACAACAUGGACUCAGCCCUUUGCAAAUGGGGAUUACCUGUCCAAUAAAUACCUGUGGGAUUACUGCAUAGAGCCAAAGAAUGUGGUAUCCUGGCAUUUGUCUCUGUUCUCUGUGCUGCUGGUGAUGGGUUUGAUCCAGAUUGCACUGUGUGCCAUACAGGUAGUGAAUGGUCUGCUGGGGGCUCUGUGUGGAGACUGCUGUGGCUGCUGUGGAGGGAGUGAUGGGGCCGUAUAAGCACCUCCUGUGGCUGAAGCCAGUCUUUUCUUUAUUUAUUCUGUUUCCUGAGGACGGCUUUUUCAUUUGAUCUCUUUGAUGUACAUUUAUGUUUCUGAAUAAAAGCUUGUUG